AUGACUCUCAAUCCCAAAACAACACACCGCGAGUUUUUUGGGCUUCCUGGUGUAGCCUUCAUCACCACCACGUUGCCAGUCGUGAUCAUCAUAUUCCAGUUUCUCGUGAACAGCCACUACUCAGUCCGUGGUGUGAAUAUUGAGUGGGACAAAGUGUCUCAACUGCUUCCCCAAGACUGGCUGCAGGUGUAUGAUUGGUGUUUUGAUAAAGACGCGUGGAAGGCCUAUUUGACUUGGUUUGCCGUUCUUGCUGUGUGUGAUGUCUACUUCCCUGGAAAAGACAUCCCAGGUGUAGAGCUCAGAGAUGGAAGUAGGCUCAACUACAGAAUCAAUGGAUUGUCCAUGUCUGGUGCGCUCAUUGCAAUUGUUGUUGCCCGUGCUUUGACCCUGGAGAACUAUUACUUGCCGGAACUCGACUUUUUGUUCAACAACCAAAUGCAAUUGAUUUGCACAACGAUCAUCUUCUCCUUCAUCAUCUCGUUUUUCGUGUAUUUCAUCUCAUUUAUUCCUUUGACUAGGCCCAAUGGCAAGAACACGAAAGAACGUAUCCUCUCCAUCAAUGGAAACUCUGGCAACCCAAUCUACGAUUGGUUCAUUGGUCGUGAGCUUAACCCUCGUAUUGGCUCUUGGGAUAUCAAGUUGUACUGCGAGCUCAGACCAGGAAUGCUCUUGCUCUUAUUGAUCAACUUGUCUUGUUUGCAUCACCAAUACCACAGCUUGGGCAAGGUUUCUGACUCUCUCGUUCUUAUGAAUGUUCUUCAAGCUUUCUACAUUUUCGACGGUGUCUUGAACGAGGAGGGAUGUUUGACUAUGAUGGAUAUUGCAACUGAUGGCUUUGGUUUUAUGCUUGCUUUCGGUGAUUUGGCUUGGCUUCCUUGGACAUACUCUUUGCAAUGCAGAUACCUUGCCCUUGAUGAAAACUUUUACCAAUUGGGUCCACUCAAACUUUGGUCCAUUGUUGCCAUCAGUGCUGUCGGAUACUACAUCUUCCACUCCAGUAACCAACAAAAAUCUGACUUCAAGCAAGGUAAAUUGAACCACAUGAAAAGCAUUUCAACUCCGACCGGGUCAAAGCUCUUGGUCGAAGGAUGGUGGGGACUCAGUCAGCACAUCAAUUACUUCGGUGACUGGCUCAUAGGAUGGUCUUGGUGUUUGCCUACUGGUACCAUGACUCCACUUACCUAUUUUUAUGUCAUUUACUUUGCCACCUUAUUGCUUCACAGACAGACCAGGGACGAGGCAAAGUGCAGAGAGAAAUAUGGUAAGGUUUGGGAACAGUACGAAAAACAAGUCCCAUACAAAAUCAUACCAUACGUUUACUAA